AUGAAGACCCUCCUGCUGUUGGCCAUGACCAUGGCCUUUGCCCUGCUGCAGACCCACGGGGACUUGCUGCAGUUCCGGAAAAUGAUCCAUUUGUUGACAGGAAGAGAACCUGUGUUCAGUUAUGCCUUCUAUGGUUGCUACUGUGGCUUCGGCGACAAAGGGUCACCCAAGGAUGCGACAGAUCGGUGCUGUGCUACCCACGACUGUUGCUGCUACGACUGGCUGGAGAAGCGCGGCUGUGGCACCAAGUUUCUGAGCGACAAGUAUGAAUACGAGAGUAGGAAUACACAGAUCCUCAGUGCAAAACAGGACUAUGGUAGGAGACAACUGUGUCAAUGUGAUAAAGUGGCUGCCUUCUGUUUUGCAAGAAACCAGAAAACCUAUAAUAAAAAGUAUCAAUACUACAAUAAGCAGUGCACUGGAAGGCCCUCAGGUGCUGAGAGUCCCCUAACCUUGGAAGCCUCACCAUACCACACAAUGCUGAAUUUCCUUCUCUAG